AUGUGCUUUUAUUACUGGGACGAGAUGAAGAUUCUACCGAUUAACCAGUCGAAGGAGUCGCAUUGGGAUAUCUCAAGCAUGUUUGUACAGUCGUUGAUGGCUUCUUCCCUUCUCCUUCAAAUCUCGAGGCCAACUUCUUGCCUGCUCCCCGAGCUGCUGUGUUCCUCCUCAACACACUCUCACUUUAGCGGGUUCAACUUGUCAAAGACGCCCUUCUCUUCGCCAGCCGGUCUAACAUCUCCGGUUCCUUGACUCGGAGUGAGAGUCUCGCCGCCAGAUCCGGUGACAGUGCUGCUCUUCCCUCCCUCUGCGACGCCUGCAACCCCUGCGCUCUGAAUGGCGCUCCCUGUGUCGAGAUCGACGCCCUUGUUUGCCGCUCCAGCGUGCCCGCUCGUCCCGAUGAUGCCUGAUCCUGCUCCAGCGCCUGCGGUUGUCGAUGCUCUCUUCUGGCCUUGCAGGCCAAACAGUUCCGAGUGCGAGGAUGCAGGACCUUCUGAGGUGCCCGUCGUGUUUGCCGCCUGGCUGUCCGCCAUUCUCAAGACCAGGAUCAAUUAAGUGCAGUAGACAAUGUUGCGGUGGUUUGGUUUCUGGUUGUCAAAUUUCGCUUUGCUUAUGGAUUGAUUUCUUGCGGAGUGUCACCCACGGCUGGUUACGAGAGACGCGCCACCCACAGAUAUAUCAUCCUGAACGCACCUACACAGCCCAGUCCCUUGUUGAGUGUCGCUGCUACAAUGACUUCACCUGGCAUUAUCUGACGACAGCAGCAUGACGAUCAUUGCAAAUGCUGGAGGGCAGGGAGGGGCGCUGUGGCUUCGGAAGAGUUCUCCGAUCAAAGCGGAGGAAGCUGCCCUGAGCCUUGUCACACGACAAGCCAUGAGCCGGAGUCUAAUAGGAGCAGUCCGCCAUCCCUCAGCUUCCCGGUCGUGCAGCAUGAUCAGCGAAAGGGUCCUGGUGUGCCCAAACAAACAGGCGUCUCAGGACGUGGUGCGAGAACAGAGCUUGAUAAGGAAAAGAUUCAGCAUUGUCGAAGCUGACUCGCCCACCAGGAGGCGAAGGGUAGAUCGUACGCGAUCCUCGUGAUCGUCUAGAAAAGCCUAAUCCGAUG